CAGGACCUUGAGCUGUAAAGUGUAGAUAUCACCCUACUCAGGUUGUAUUGUGUUCGUGUGAGUUACAAUGGAGUACUCAUAUUUGGAUUAUUUGGGCGACCUACCAGAUAUUCUGGAUGAUGAUUUAGAGCUGAUAGAUAUUAUCGAGGUGGGACUACCCAGGCGCAUUUAUAGUCGGCCAAAUUACUUUGAAGAAAUGGAGCCACCGGGUUUUUUCAGAAGGUUCCGGUUAUACAAGGAAACAGUGUUGCAUGUAUUAUCGCAACUAGAUGAUCAAUUAGAGUAUCAUCAUGACAGGAAUCACAGCAUUUCACCAAUGAAUCAGCUUUUAUGCUGCUGAGGGUACUAUGCCAGUGCAGGCCAUAUUAGGCAAACUGCUGAUUUUAUGGGAAUGGAUGCAAGCAUAGCCUGCAGAACUGCUGGAAAGGUAUCAAGAACUAUAGCCAGCUUAUUCCCAAGUUAUGUCAAAAUGUCCACAGAAGCUAAUAUCAUAAUGGAACAGAAUAAAUUUUAUCAUAUUGCUAGGAUUCCUAAGGUCAUAGGUGUUGUAGAUGGUACCCAAAUUAGGAUUCAAUCUCCUGGAGGAAAUAAUGCAGAGAGUUAUCGAAACAGAAACGGUUAUUAUUCCAUGAAUUUCCUGAUUGUAGCAACUGCAGAUCUGAAGUUUAUGAAUGUUGUAGAACGGUGUCCAGGAUCAUCGCAUGAUGCUACAGUAUUCGACCAUAGCGACUUGAAGAUUCGUUUUGCACUAGGACAUUUUCCUAACUGUUUAUUACUAGCGAGCUGGUUUGAUGACAGUGACCUAAUGACUGUCUCAGUAGGUCUUCUACGAUUUGAUGGCUUGCAGGUAUUUGACUAUAUAGUAGUGGAGCCUGAUAGAUGA